AUGACUUCCAUGACAGCCGAGUCCGUAUCGAGCAUACUCGUCUCGUGUAAACAGACUCGCUUCCAUAUCGAGAACCCCAAUUACAGAGAGUUGGAUAUUGAGGGCCUCAACAUCUCAGUCACCUCUGGCCCGAGGAAAACCAAAACAGCCGGAAACAAGGGCAAGGCAAAGGCCAACCCAUCCCAGGCCACCGAGCUCCUCGCCAACGCCAAGCUCAGACUAAAAGCCGGCCAGCGCUAUGCGCUCCUCGGACGCAACGGCACAGGAAAAUCAACACUCCUCAAGGCGAUCGCCGAGAAGCUGAUACCUGGCAUCCCCGAGCAGACCCGUGUUGCCAUCCUGCAGCAGACGGACGCAGGAAAAGAGGAGGCGGAGGAGGAGGAGGCGGAGGAGGAGGAGGAGGAGACCGAGGCCGAAGUAUCCCGCUCAGGGCCAGGGCCAGGACGGUCAGUUCUCGAGGAGGUCAUCGAGAGGGCCACGUCAAAGGAUGAGCUCGAGAGGGAGAUCGCUGUGCUGAGCGACGGGGUCAAUGACGCCAGUGGAGAUGGAAUCAAGGCCGUCCGGGCCCUGCGGCGGGUCCGGCACGAGAGGAUGCAGAAGAGACUGUUUGUGCUGGACAAGAUGGCGAGGCUUCGUAGCGGGGCUCGAGGGAUGGCAGCUCGCAAGGAGUUGAUUGCCUUUGAGAAGGAGGUUGCUGACUCGAUGGAUUUACUAGAGCAAGAAGAUGAGGACAUGUCUCCCGCAGCAGCAGCAGUCGAGGUAGAAAUUCAGGAGGCGACCGACAUGCUGGCUGACCUCCAGCUCCAGCUCGAGCCCGCCAAGCUCUCCGACAUGGAGUCGCGAGCCAAGAAGAUCCUGACCGGUCUCGGGUUCUCAGACGUCCAGAUGGCCAGGCGCACCGCAGAACUAUCAGGAGGGUGGAAGAUGCGCGCAGCCCUGGCGGCGGUCCUGCUCCAGGAGACAGACAUCCUGAUCCUCGACGAGCCGACCAACUUCCUCGACCUGCUCGGCAUCCUCUGGCUCCAGCGCCACCUCCAGCACCUCGAGGACAGCCCCGAGACCGCGCCGACCCUCCUCCUCGUCUCGCACGACCGCGACUUCAUCUCCCUGUGCACCACCGACCUGCUCAUCAUCAAGGACAAAGACCUGACGUACUUCCACGGCGACCUGCCCACGUACGAGGCCGCUACGUCCGAGAGGAGACUGUACCUCUCCAAGAUGAAAGAGGCCAAGGACAAGCAAAAGGCGCACAUCCAGGCGACCAUCGCAGGCAACCUCAGGGAGGGCAAGAAGAAGGGCGACGACAACAGGGUCCGCCAGGCCAAGCAGCGGCAGAAGAAGCUCGACGACCGGUGGGGGCUCGAGGUCAGCGCCAAGGGGGGGCGGUUCAAGCUGAACCGCGAUCUCCCGGGGUAUCAUUUCACGAGCAGGGCGGACAUAGAUGUUCCGCCUGAAGACCGGCCGCUGCGUAUUGUCCUGCCUGCGCCGUCUGACCUGCGGUUCCCGGCACCUCUGAUCUCUCUCGAGGGCGUCACGUUCCGGUAUCCCUCUCCCCAGACCAAGGCCAACAGGAAAAGCUCUGCGGCGCUUCUUCUUCUUCUUCCUCCUCCUCCUCCUCCUCCUCCUCCUCCUCCUCCUGCUGUCCUCCAGGACGUCACGCUCUCGGUCGGCAUGGGCGACCGCGUCGGCAUCCUCGGCCUCAACGGGUCCGGCAAGUCCACCCUGAUCAAGCUCCUCGUCGAGGAGGAGAAGCCGGCGCAGGGCACAGCCGCCACACACCCCCGCCUCAAGCUCGGCUACUACGGCCAGUCGGCCGUCGAGGACCUCCAGCACCUCGCCACGGCGGAGCCCGAGCUGACGGCCCUCGCCCUGCUGGCCCGCGAGGUGGACGGGGGGGAGCUGACCGAGGGCGACCUCCGCGGCCUCCUGGGCUCCCUGGGCCUGCCGGGCCGGCUGGCCUCGGACGUCAGGCUGCGCAAGCUGUCUGGUGGGCAGCUGGUCCGGUGCGGGCUGGCGCGGCUCCUGUGGCGGCGUCCGCACUGUCUUGUGCUGGAUGAGGUGACGACGCAUCUUGACUAUGAGACGACCACGGCCCUGCGGGAUGCGCUGAGGAGCUGGGAGGGUGCGGUGGUGCUGGUGAGCCACGAUCGAUGGUUUAUGAGGGGCGUGGUCGAGGGUGUUGUUGAUGAUGGUGAUGAUCAAGAUGAGGGAGGGGCAGACGAGAUGCCAAGAAGACGAGACGUGUACAGGAUGAAAGGCGGCGUGUUGUCCAAGCUGGACGGGGGCGUUCAGCAGUUUGAGGACGUGAUGGAGAAGAGGGUGAAGAAGUUAUUUGCUGGGUAG